GAAUAUUCGAAGAAUAAUCAGACACAUAUACGAAACACGCGGCAAUAUAGAGGUUCUUUUUCCCAUACCUUUCACUGUCCGAAGAAAUAAUGGCUGGAGUUAAGGGUCAGGCUAACGCCGCUAAGAAGGCUUCCGUCAAGGGAACCCAGAGCAAGGCUCUUCGUCAGGUUCGUCACACAGUGACCUUCCACCGAACGAAGACUCUAAACCAGGCUCGUGCUCCCAGAUUCCCCCGUAAAUCUGCGCCCCGUCGCGAGCGUCUGGACAAGUUCUCCGUGAUCAAGUGUCCCCUGAACACCGAGUCUGCUAUGAAGAAGAUCGAGGAGAACAACACCCUGGUAUUCCUAGUAAACAAGCUGGCCAACAAGCACCAGAUCAAGCUUGCCGUUAAGGAGAUGUACGACAUUGAUUCCGCGCGCAUUAAUACAUUAAUCCGUCCCGAUGGACAGAAGAAGGCGUAUGUCAAGCUUUCACAGGACUCAGAUGCACUUGAGCUAGCAAACAAGAUCGGUAUCAUCUAAAUGCACCGUGAAAUUGUUUGCAUCAAUGGCUCGAGGUCUCGUUGGAGUGUUGCUGACAAAUGCCAACAACCGGAUAUAGAUGUUCGAACAGCAGUGUCGCAAUAAACUUCACGUACAGGUGUUCCCUUCGAGUGUAUGUAUCACUUGUAUGAUAUGCUCAGGCAUUUUCCAUUCAUAUAUCUGUGUAUAAUACACUAUGUUGAAUGCAAGUAUGCCAGUAGUAUUGUGGCCCUUUUUCUGAACAGAAGCCACAUUAGUAAAAGUAUGUCGUA